AUGUCUUUUAGCUUUGCUGCCUUCACUCCUCCUGCACCCCUCGACUCAGGUAAGGAUCGGAUCCUCGUGGAAUGGAAGGAACUGGAGGAUAGGGUGAUUGCUGAGGCAAAGUGCAUUCCGGAUGAUAAGGAGGAGCUGCAGGAAGAAUGGAGGAUGUGGUGCGAACGUUGGGCCGAUAUUAUGAGAGCGCUAUCCAACUGCACUGACCGGGGCCGCGCCCAGAAUGUCAUCCUUACGAUGUCCGGUGAGGCAAGGGCCGCUGGGCUUGGGGCUAAUGAGCAGUACGAACGAUGGACUCGUGAACGCGGUGCCCUCAAAGCGCUGCGCGAAGGAUCAACGGGCGGGUCUGCAUCCCUCGCCCCCCGGAUCAACUGUAUGAAGAUGGAGGUAGCUAUCCCGUCCAAGUCCACUGUUGCUCAGAAGCUCGUUACUCACAAUCCACCCUACAUGCGUUGUGUGAAGGUAAAGAAGGAGUGUGUAGGUGAGGACAAGCGGUCCUGUAAUGGGUGCAAUGCGGUUCAUCAGAAGUGUGAGUAUGCUUCGUUCAGAAAGGCGAUGGGCCUUAAGGGCAAGGUAUCGGAUGCACCCACCCUCUCUGCUAGUGCUAGCGGAUCCCUCCACCGGACCGUCUCAUCUCCCGGGUUGGCUGUUCCGUCUGGCAGUGAGCCGGAAAUCGUCGAGGCCCCUGUGAAGCGCGCCACCCGCAACACACGCAAGGCAGCGGAACCCAAGGGUAAGGGAAAGGGUAAGGCAAAGGAAGUCGUCCCUGCCACCCCUACAGUGGAGGAGUCGUCUGAUGAAGUGUCGCACUAUGAGAAGGGCUAA